AUGAUGAACGAUCUCGCAACGACGGAGCCGCUGGUGCUGCCCGCACAUGUGACCCGCCAGCACCACAGCCACAGCGUGGAUGGCAUGAGCCCGCGCGCACACAACACCGUUAGCUCUGCUGCCACGCUUGCCGCAGCUGCCGAAGAGAACAUCCCCACGCAUCAUGUUCGUCGCCUGUCCACGGGCCAAAUAGCCGACGAGGCCCUCCCCAGGGAGCGUAUCGACAUUAUCAACGAAUUCCUCCAGGAGCGCGUCACUACCCGACCGCUUAUUGGAGUUGUGUGCGGAUCAGGCCUCGGUGGACUUAGCAAGUGCCUCUCCAACCAGGAGGCCAUCAAAUACGAGGAUAUCCCGCUGUUUCCUCGCUCGACUGUGGAGGGCCACGAAGGCGAACUGGUCUUUGGCGAUCUCGAAGGGUUCCGUGUCGUGUGCAUGCGCGGUCGCUUCCAUUGCUACGAGGGCUACGCAAUGCGCGAGACGGCACUGCCUAUUCGCGUCAUGUAUCUAUUAGGCAUCAAGUACCUAUUGGUCACCAACGCUGCGGGUGGUUUAAACCCCGACUUCAACGUGGGCGAUCUCAUGAUCCUCAAUGAUCACUUGAAUAUGCCAGGAUUGUCGGGCCAACAUCCUUUGAUCGGCCCCAACGACUCUCGCUUCGGCUCAAGAUUCACACCGCUGUCGAACUGCUACGACAAGAAGCUACAAGAUCUAGCAUUCAACGUGGCUGAGAAGCUUGGUCUUGCUCACAAGAUUCGAAAAGGAGUAUACUGUUUCGUGUCCGGACCGACGUACGAGACACCAACGGAGUGCCGCUUCCUCAGACUGGUGGGAGGUGAUGCCGUUGGCAUGAGCACGGUACCCGAGGUGAUCGUGGCUGCUCACUGCGGGCUGAAAGUGAUCGGACUAUCGCUGAUCACCAAUAAGGCGCUUUUCCCUGGUGAAGAGCGAGAGGCGGCCUCACACGACGAGGUCCUCGAGACCGUCCAGGCCACGCAGAACGACAUCGAGACGUACGUGCGAGACCUGAUUGCAGCAGUUGGCUGGCAGCACCACUCGUAG